AUGCCACGACCUGGCCUCUGGCCCUCCGGGGCUGCGGACUCUUGUCCAGCGCCCAGCUAUUUCAUCAACACCCCUCCGCACCUCUCCGCCACUUCCACCAACGCCUCCCGUGCCCAGCCCGCGCUCACCUCCCGCUUCAACUUCCAGCCCGUUUUCCGCACUCAAACGGCUCUGACCUGUCACCACUGCCGCCUCAUUCUCCAGCUCCCCGAUUAUCCAGGCGACAUACAACCAAGUCCGCUCGGGGCGGACCACCCUUCAUUGAAGGGUGUGUGCCUGAAGACCGGUGUCACAAAGCCCAAGAAGCCUAAUUCUGGAGAGCGAAAAUUCGCUCGUGUGCGCUUGAGUACUGGCAAGGUCAUUAGUGCUAUUAUUCCCGGAGAAGGUAUGUAUUUGAAGAUGCCUGAUAUUGGAGACACAUAUUUCCAACAGCACAGUGUCGUUCAGGUUCGUGGUGGCAGAGUCGCAGGAUUGUCCUGGUGUGAAGUACCACUUGGUUCCGGUGGUGCGAUGGAUCUGGGUGGUGUUGGAAGCCGAAACUCUAGCUGCUUCAAGUAUGGAACGAAGAAGCCCAAGAGCAACUAG